CAGAGAUAUCGAGAGAGGAAGCCACGUGUGUGUGUGUGUUUCUCCAGCAGCGGCAUCGAGCCGAGACAGCCACGUGUGUGUGACUCUUCCGCCCGCCAGCGGCAGCAGCGAUAUCGCCAGCCACGUGUGGUGCGUCCCCCCGCAGCAGCAUCGAGAGAAGAAGCGACGUGUGUGUGAGUCUCUCCCGCCCACCAGCCGCAGCGAUAUUGAGGGGAAGACUUCCGACUACGUUUCUUCUGUAGCGGCAGCAAUGGCCGACAACAACCUAUCGCAGUGGGACCUGAUCUUUGACGAAUUUGAGGACAGUUUGCUGAAGAUUUCCCAGCCGACGACGAUCGCUCUUGUCGCCGUCUACGCGCCGCUGUUCGUCAUCUCGCUCGUCGGCAACGUCUCCGUCGUGCUGGUCGUCUGCCGCAUGCACUACAUGCGUAAGAACAAAAACUACUUCCUUGUCAACCUCUGCAUCGCAGAUCUGCUCGUCACCGUGCUCUGCGUACCCGUGACCCUGGCGAAUGUCAUCUACCGGAGAUGGAUCUUCGGGAGAGUCAUCUGCAAGCUGGCGGCCUUCUCACAAGGUGUGGCAGUCGCUUCUAGCAUCUACUCUCUAGCAGCGCUCAGCCUCGACCGCUACCUGGCGAUCAAGCACCCGGCGCUCUUCCGUCGCCUCAGCAACCAGAGCAACGGCCUCAAGCUGAUCGGCAUCAUCUGGCUCGUCUCUAUGCUCUUCAUGAUGCCCAUGCUCUACGUGCACCAGGUCGAUCGCCAGCAGUUCCCCGAGUUCGGCUUCCAACUGAGUGUCUGCAUCGAGCGCUGGUCGUCGACGGAGUCCAAGAGCGCCUUCGCGGGCUUCAUGUUGGUCGUCGCUUACGUGCUGCCUUGCUCGGUGAUCGUCGCUUGCCACUAUGUCAUCUGCAAGACACUCAACACGACCGAGAUCGUCACGCAGGAGCCGGACGGCGGCGGCGGCAGCGAGUGCAAGCGCAUCAGCCGUAAACGCAUCGCGCUCAUGCUCAUCACGCUCGUCGUGCUGUUCGUCGUUUGCUGGCUGCCCUACAACCUCGCUUCGCUCUACGUCGACAUCACCAAUAGCCGCGACGCGUCCGAGAUCCUUCCCUUCACGCUGCUGCUCGCGCACGCCAACUCUGCGGCGAAUCCCGUCAUCUACUGGAUACUGAACAUACACUUUCGCAACGGACUCAGCAUCAUUCUGACGCGCGGAUGCACGGCGAUUGCCGGCGGAAAGAGUCGCAACGGCAAGAGUCGGCCGCCGCUCAUUGUCGUGCACGGCGCGCCCGUUAUCUCGAGGGACGAGGACGACACGUUAUCCGGAAGAAUGUCGCAGGGGGACAGCGUCUAAUGUCGAAAAAAAAAUCGCACCCAUAAAGAAACACACGUGUUCGGUCAUGCGCAGAAGUGUCCGGAAAUAUGGUCAGUAGAAUAAAGGAAGUGGUGGUAUAAAACUCCUGCCGUGUCAUCGGUAUGAAGAUUAAAACAUAAACAAUGAUUGAAUUAACUCUUGUUUAUUUAUUCACUUUAUAAGUAGUCGUUAUACGUAUAUAUAAACUUAGCGUACUUUUUGCGCCUACACUCGAGUGUAGGUCAACUGUGAUUGAGACUAAAUUGUCAAAAAUUUUGUUUGUUAAAAUAAUUAAAUAUUAGUUAAUUCAAUCUUUCUUUAUGUUGUAUAUUAUAUACAUAUGUGUGAGUGUCUGAUGUUAGCCGUUGUACGUCUACAUCAAGAUGUUGUUUUUUGACGUUCUCUGCGAUGCCACGUCUCUACUUAUCAUGCGUUUGUGUCAAUACAUAGCAACAGUUCGUCAUCUUUAUGCUUAUGUAUUAUUAUUUAAGAAACUCGUACGUUUUUUAUUCAACUGCUCCAGCGUGCAUGAGCCUGCCGUAUAUAGUUAAGUGAGACGGUGUAGUAACCUGUAAAUUAUGGUCUAUGCCUCAAUUCGGUAUACGACAGUUAUAGUUCAAGUAUAUCUCUGUGCGACAUACGCGCGUUCUGUCUAAAAGUCGCAACCGUGUACAGAUGCUGUCUGUAGUCAAAAACGCUCAAUGUGCAAUCGUCGUAUAUACGUGGAGUAUAUAUAGCUUUAUAUGAAAUAGUGGUUGUUCUGUGUUGUGAGAAGUCAAUUUAAAGCUCGAUCUCAUGUUGUAAUAUAGGAGCGCGCUAUCGUGAUUGAUAUUGUCUGUCAUGUGUGUAAAACGAUCGAAUUUGCUUUGGGUGUACAGUGUACAGUGAGAAUAGUUUUUAAAAUGAGAUAGCGAAAGGUCGUGAGUUCAAACUGGAGAGAAGACGGCGAAGAUAAUAUAGUCCGAACAGAAUAUGUUGGAUAGCUGUCACUGCGCCGGUUCGCAAAGGAUGUCGAUCAUUUGUUUAUAAAUGUCAUUCUCGUAUUUAUUGGACAUAAACGCGAUGAGUGGAGAUUAUCGUUAGAUAUAGGUAUCGUGUUCCGACAGGUGUUCCGGUGUUCCGGUGUUCCAGUCCACGGUGUUCCGACAGGAGUUCUGGUGUUCCGGUGUUCCAGUCCACGGUGUUCCGACAGAGGGAAAUUACCGCAGUUAUAUUGAUGCAAACUACAUAACCCUAACGUCGGCUAAGUGUAUUGACAUGGAGAGUACCUCGUAGAUUUUUAUGUCAGCGUACUUGUCUGUUAUUAUGGCUAUGAUCAAGAGCGUAUUAAGUAUUCGUAUACUUAUAGUACGCUCUUGCUAUGAUGUCUACAUCAAUUACUGGGCAGUUGUCCCAUGCUGAAAACAGCUGUGAUUUGUUGUAUUGAUUGGCGUCGUAUUUUCAUUAGGGCGUUGUGUCUGAUACACGUGGUGUGCAAUCAGUUUUUUGUUCAGGCAGAGAUGAGAAUAGCGGACACAAAAACUUGCAGGAUGGGAAUCUGGGGUGGGGGGCAAGCAUACUGGGAAUUUGCUUAACGGUGUUGAAUUCCGAAUUCGAGAGCAUCCCGGGUUCCUUUUUUAAAUGCUUAUGAAAUACGUAAAAGCAGUAGCCAACUGUCUGAAAAAAAUGUUCGCGCGUUGUUUACGUGCAUGAGCUGACCGUUAUUCUGUGCUAAAUCUAUUUGCUUCUGAUAUUUCCACCUCCCCUCUCAACAAAUUUAUACUGAUUUCAAAUGUCAACCCGACAAAAUACAUGAAAACCGCGGAUAUGCGGAGAAUUCUCAUCCCUGUCAAGAAAACAUUUGAUGUUAUUUGUUUAUUGAUAAUAAGCUCUAUAGCUUUUAUUACGCUCGCGGUAUGUUGUAACAUUAUAGCAUCACGUUUUCUCAGAAAUCUAUUUGACCGUGCAUGUGAUUGGCUUAAAGCCGUUUACGGAAAUAAGUUUCGCAUACGCAAGUUUUUUUUCGUCUACGCAUGGUAAGAUGAGAAGCGAAGGUGUCCACGUAAUUACAUUUCCACAGUAGGUUCAUGGAGAGACCGAAUAUUUCAUGGCAGGCGUCACAACGCGGUCGCCUUGGCCAUCUAAUGAAUGAAGGAGCACAGCGCAAUGAAUGAAUGAAUGAAUGAAUGAAUUAAUUAAUUAAUUAAUGUAUGAAUGAAUGUAUGGAGGUGCGCAGCAUGUCAGCCGAAGGUUUGCCGAUUAAAUUGACUGGGGAAUGUUUCAAUCACAAGACUGUCCGCCAGCGCCAUUUGUUGUGCUACGAUGACGAUUAAAAAAAAAAUAAACACCACGAGCUAAAAUGAC